CGGUGUGACCGUUUUUCUGCUGCAAACAGCUGUUGCACGAUUUUGUGUCGUCGCGUCGUUUACAACAAAACAAAUUUACAACAUCUAUAUAUAUACAAAAUUAAAGCCAAACAAUGGAUACUCCCAUAUCAACGCCAUCGGCAAAGGACUUCCAGGUGGCUGGCGUCUCGCGCAGUGGACGUGUGCGCAAAAAGUCAUCGAAACUGUUGGACUUCGAGUCGCCCGAGGAGAUUGAGAAGCGCACGAAACGCCCGGGCAGGCAACCAGCACGCUAUCCCGGCCGUGGACGGCCGCCCAAUGCGGUGCGCGAACGUGAACAGGAAAUGAUCAUUGCCUAUGCCGAGGAGGAAGACAAUGACGACGACGAUGACAUUGAUGAUGACGACGACGAUGACGAUGAUGGUGUGAUGCCUAAUCUGUGCGAUACGGAGGAUGAUAUCAGACACACCAUUGGGGGCAACACAAAUCUGCGUGGUACGCUCUUGAAUUCCGACGAUGAAGUGGACAACCUGGUGCAGGAUUUAGUCGAUGGCGUCGAAGCGGAGGCCAGCAGCUAUACAAACGAUUCGCGGGUGCGUCAAUCGCUCUAUAUGCGCGAAAAGUCCACCAAACGCAAGAUCCUCAAAGAUGGCAAGCUGGUGACUGGAACAAAGCAGCGCAAAGACAAAGGCAAGGCACGAUACACCGCUUACAGUUUGUGGGCGCGUGAUGUGCGCAAACGCGACUUUCCUGAUCUCGAUUUUGCGAGUGCUGCGCGACGUCUCAGCGAACUGUGGGCCAAUGUGUCCAACAAGGAGAAGAACGCCUGGCGACGCAAGGCCAAAAUCCAGGCGACAAAAGCUCGCACACGGGAGAAAAAUGCGCUUAACAACACAACGACAUCGUCCGCUGCGAUGGCCAGCAAUGGCAACACAACAACAGCUGCUGUCCUAGACUCCACGACGUUUGUGAAUCGCGCGACAACGAGUCGCACCAAGAAACUGGCCGCUCAGAUGGCAAACACAAGCACCGCAACAACAACAAACACAGCGAUGCCCACAUCUUGGGCGCAGAGCAGACAAAAGCGUAGCAUUAACACAAACACAAGUCGCAUCAAGUCGAUACCCCCGGCAACGAGUGCAAUGAAUAGCUCAGCUGCCUCGGCUGCUGGUCUAUUGGAAUCACCAGCUGACAUCGGUGGCAAGCAACAGCAGCAACAGUCGAGCAUUGAAGCUAUUGAUGCGGCAGCGCAUCUCAAACUGCUGGGCGAGAGUUUGACAGUGAUUGGCGAACGGUUGAAAGAGCACAACGGACAUGUUGCGCUCUCGGGCAGCUUGUCCGUGCUGCUGGACAGCUUAUUGUGCUCCAUGGGACCGCUUUUGUGCAUGACAACGCAAAUACCCGGCCUCGAGAAUAAAAAGCAGCUGAGCACAAAUUUGGCAACGACGCUCGACAAUAUUGCCUAUGUAAUGCCGGGUCUCUAAAGUGAUGGCGAAACUGUAACAAGUGCAUCACAGGUGGACAUAUAAUAAAUACACUUAAUAUACAUAAUAUUUUUUAUUUUUAUUUUAUUAUAUUAAAUCUAGUAUUUAAUACUACAUUUAACAGAGAAGAGAGUGCUGGCUGCUGGGGCCUUCGACUCGAAAAAAAAUUAUCUGUACUUAUACCUUAAAUUUAGUUUUCAUUAUAAAAUUGUACAUUUUCAUUAUAUUAUCAUUUGAAGGGGUUUGUAAGAGGUGGGAUGGAUACAUAAUAUAAUAUAUAUGAGGAUGGUCCUAUAAGUACUUAGCCUCCAAAAGAAAAACGAAAAUUUUGGAAAAGUGGCGAUUUAUUACUCAACAUAAUCUCUUUUUAGCUCGAUACACUUGACCCAGCGAUGCUCCAACUUCCUUAACCCGUCUGAAAAAUACAUUUUCUCGAGGUCUCCUCAUUCGACGCAAAUUUCCAGC